GAUGGAACGCGCUGCACGCAUAGCUCUGGACUCUUAGCCCCGCGAGGCCAUAACUGUGAACUUGUGCCGCGCAUAUGAGCAUCGACGCGCCGACGCAUAAAGAGGCGAGGGCGUGAGCGAUUUUUGUAAUUACUUAUAUCGGCCACGAUUCUGGCCUGCGUGUACGAUGACCGCGCUGUGCAAACACACGGCGCAUGCCUCGCCGCGCGGUUGGAUAGUGAAAUAUGCUCGAUACCGCAUUCCGGAUCAAUAAUGCCUCCUCUAUAUACGACGGGUUAUGAAGUUCACGGGAGUAACGUACCCGUACGAAAUCAAUUAGUUUGUAGAGUUUUAUAGUUUGACGACUAUUAUUGGCAUCGGCCCUCCCUGAAUUUCACUACAUCAAUUCGUUGCGCUAUAGUUUAUUUCCAACACAUCUUCGUCCCAAAUGCGAUUAAUUUUCUACAAUUUUGUAUAAAUGAUAUGAUCGGUGAAAAUACACUGCGAGUGCGGCUCUCUACAAAGGACUUAACUGCAUAUUCAUAAGAUAUGGGCCGGGCUACUGGAUUGAAUUUAAAUUUUUCUUGGACUACUUAUAGCAUAUUAUGUGACUCUAUUUGAACCGUCUACAUAUUAUUAUGUAGGUCAAAUUUGAUCAAUUUUUCGCGCUAUAGUUUAUUUUUGAUUUGAUUGAAAUUCAAUCAACUAUUCACUUACAGCUCACCUUGAAGAUGCAACCUUUGAUAUUAUUUGUUACUUUUAUCAAACGAUCCCAAAUGAUUGCGGCACGCGAAAAUAACGGGAUGCAAAGUAGUAGACACUCGGCAAGACUAUUAUCUUGUAAGAUUUAGUAAUCAACGAAGCGCAGUGCUUCCCUUCCUCUCUCGCAUACCUACGAAGAGAGGCAAAUACAUUAUGUGCGGUGUUUGCCCUGAAACUUGUCUUGUUGAUAAAAGCCGCGCGUUAUCAGAUGCACGAACUAUGGUUUCGAAAAUGAUCAAGAUAAAUAUAACAAUAACUUCGUUCACGCAUUUUCGCAUAACGAUAUGGAAAAGCCGCUUUGAAAUUAACAGCUAUAUUAUAAAUUUCAAUCUUUAUAAUUCUCGGGGAUGAGACAAAGUAUGAAAAUGAAACGUACGUAAAAUGUUAAAUCUUACGCAACUCCCGGAUGCCACUCCCCACCUGCUGGCGUCGGAGAAUCUAUGCUACGAUGCGUUUUUACGAAAUACACUCUCACGUGCACGCUGAAAGUUUAUACACGCAUAUAAUACAGGCAUGUAAAAGAGAGACUGCGCUGCACUAGCAUAUAGCGCGGACUUUAGAUAAGCAGUGCAAAUUUGCUUGGGGGUCCCUGCGCUGCAUCGCAGGCUCUCGGUGGAAAUGUGCCGCGCGCUCACUGUGCAAACACGUCAGAUGCGGGAAAUCGGCUUGUAUCUGCUCGUCGUCGCCAGGCGAAGCGCGCCGCGGCGAAAAAAUCUCCCCUCGGUCGUUUACCCGGGUAGGCGCCUCCAAGAGCGCGAUAUAAAUUCGCGGACGAUGGCCUCCUCGCGAGCACUGUUGCGCCGUAGUUCCAGCCGCCAUCACGAUGGACUCGAGGGCCUGCCUCGUCUUCCUGCUGCUGCAACUGUGCAUUCUGGGAUUCGGGUGUGCCGAAGCCACGAUCGGUCGGCACCAGCACGACAGCAAUGCCAUACCCAGUGUCGCGCAAGCUGCCGAGAAGGAGCACAAGCUACUGAUCGAAUGCCAGAACUCGGACUACCGAACGUACAUCAAGUGCCUGAAGCGCGAGAAGAGACAGCAUGCUCAUCCUUCGGGAAACAUGAGAUGCCUCGACGAGUGCUUGUCCGUGGACUAUAACUGUACCACUCCGACUUGCAUAAGAGACUGCCACUCUCACUGCAAGAAGCGUUACAUCGAGACUUAUUCCAAGACCGUGGAGACGUCCUACGACUGUACUGACGAUACCUGUACAGAGAACAAGGGAUCCAAUACUCCGAACAUCACUAAUAUCAUCAACAUCAAUCACAUUCCGGCCAAUUGUACGAAUGGCAAUAGAAAGUCUAGUAAAAACGACACUGAUAGUAACAACAGCAUUAAUAGUAAUAAGGACGACGGUGAGAAGGUUAGUCCAAGCAACGGAACGAGCUCAUCCAACUCAGUUAUGCCAAGAAUCGAUAUUCACAAUCAGAUCAUUAAUAAUCCAAGCCAAGAUUGCGGUUGCCCUGGCUGCAAUUGUAAUUCGAUUUACAAUCAGUGGCAACCGAUGCCGCAAAUUACAAUUGGCUUCGGUGGUGGACCAACCGGAGGCUGUAUGUUCGCCACGGCUUGGCCAUGCUUCCCGAGAUAUCCGACGCCGCAAAUCGAUUGCUCGAUAUGUAUCAAUCCAUUCUUGCGGUAUCGAUGCGACCCCGGAUGCUACCCGGAUCCAAAUGCAAUAAAUCGACGUGGCACCAACGGUUUUAACACCACUGCUCAGAGCGCCACCCAAAAACCCACUCCAGCACCUCUGCCGAACACCUAUCCGAGAAGGUCUUAGCGAAGUAGCGGAGUUCGAGAGAAUGAAAAAGAAAGGUUUUUAACGCCCAUAGACCGAUUCGUGUGUAAUAUAUUUUUUGUAAAUUUAAGUAAUGUAUUUGUAAAAAAUACAUUUGCAAUUGUGUGAUAAAAAAU